AUGACUGUCGACAACACGGAUUACCACAAGGCAAAAAGGAUGAGUACCUCAGUGACGUCACCAAAUAGCCAAAGCUUAGAAAGGCAACGACAUGUCAGGACAACGACGGAAAGACUGUACAACAGUCUUACCAAGAAAAGGAAAGAUCCAAAGCAAACAAAUGUUCAAAGAAUGUGGAUAAACUAUGAAGACUGCAAAGAUGACUUUUGGGCUGCUAUAAGGUCUAAUUAUGAUUAUAUUAUGGAUACUAACUUAAUCGAAACUUGUAAGGAAGCAAACGGCGAACUAGCAUGGGACGAAACGGACGUAUCGACGCAAUCGUGGAACUUGAAGGAAGUCAGCAAUCAAUUUUCAGAGCUUUACUCAUGGUUGAGAAUUCUUCAAGAAUUGGUCUAUUCUAAGGAAGAAAAUCUUCUAGACAAAAGCCUGCGUGCAGCUCAUAUGGAAGAGCUGCGACGCAAGGCGUACAGACGCAAAUUGUUCAAUGAGCAAGCGGAAAAAUUAAUUUCUCGCGCCCCUGCUUUAAAAGACGAAGUGGCGUGGCGUGUAGAUCACUUGAACGCAAAAUGGGAACUAGUUGAGCAAAUUAUGGCGCCUAUAGACCGACCAGUAUCUAGUCAACAAACAGAUAUAUCAGCAGAUUUUGAGCGCGAAGUGAAAUGUUUGAGGAAAUGGUUACGAGAAAUGGAGUCGCGUCUUCAACCUUUGAGCUUCCAUAUUAAUUGGACUCUGCCAGAAUUGGAGGAAAAAGCGGUAGAGCACAUGGUACUCCAACGAGAUAUAGAGGCGCACGGGCGUAUCGUUAGUUCGGUUGUCAAAUUGGGAGAUAAAGUUUUCACGCAUCAGGAGCAGCAGCAGCAGCAGCAACAGCAACAGGAACAGGAACAGGAACCGCAAGGAGGGAAGAAGCAGCAAUCCUCGCAGCCUCUGCGAAUAGUAAGAUCAUUGGAGCGACGUUGGCAUCUUCUGUUUCUACGUGCCUUGGAGUGGCAGUGUCACAUCGAGACCCUCGUAUCUCAUAUAAGAAAUAAGAACGCCGUGGCUUACGGCUGCAGUAGCGACAGCGACGAGGAACCAGUCACGAAACAGCCCCGUCUCAGCCGCGGACGAUCGCGUGGCUCCGGAGCGGAAUCGCCGGGACAGUCCGCUCGCUCGGGCCGCACCGAACGCGCGAACCGCGUCGCCCGGCGCUCGAGAUCCGAGUACCGCGAUCAUCCAGUCUCCAAUGAGAGGACCGAUCAGUCCGACAGCGACGCCUUUUCCGAGAAUCAAUCCAUCAGCGAAGGAUCGUAUUUCGAGGAUGAAUUGUGUCAGCUGUGUGUGAUGGACGCAAGGUCCGACGAGCCGGCAAAACGAGAGGCCACUAGUUCCAUUACGUCUAUCGCGGGGGAUCGGGGAGAAGAGGGGGACGUCGAGGAUAGCGGCGUGAGCGACAACGAGCAACACGAAAUGCCGCCCACACCGGACACCGUGCCGAUAACAACGUCGACGGCGGCGAUGCAGGAGACGCGCGACGAAAUCGACGCGGCAAGCACCGUGCAAAUCGAAAGUACUGAAAAAUCGAAUAACGAUCUACGGACGAGCGAACUUGUGAAACGUGGAGCUACGGAUGAGGCUGCUUCAUUCAACACGUCUGACAGAAAAUCGAAGAAUUGCGCUACCUUCUACUUUAAGCAUCUGGACACUGACUCCGAGGCAGAUUGUGGUCAACUAGUCCAGGAAUCGUCCGGAAAUACAGUGGACGAUUCCUCCGAGGAGGAGUGGACUUACACUCCUGCCCGUCAAAAUGGCUCGCUUGUCAUUUCGGAGCAGCGAAAGACGAACGUUGUAGUUCGUCUGGACUUUGGCGAGAGUCCGCGAGUUGAUCUUUCAGAAAAAAUGCAUUUUGCACAGAAAAAAAGUUUAGCUAACGAAAAAGAAACGGAACAUGAUAACCGUGAAGCUCAACAAAAGGAUAGCGAUGAUGAAAAGAAGAAUGACAAAUCAAGUAUCGAAAGGUUGAUCAAAGAAGUUGAGAACUUGAUCGGUGAAGAAAGAUAUACGGCCUCGCGUACUUUUCCGCAGUUGGAGUUUGGAAAGAAAAACAUAACAAAUAAUCAUCGAGCUAAAUACGUGAAGGAAUGGUUGAAGUAUACGUCGAGAAAUUACGAGGGCAGAUCGCAGCCAUUAGAUAGUUGCGACGCCAGUGGUGAAUACACGACCGAAGAAUCCGAUGAAGAAAGACAAUCGAUAUCGUCGGAUGAUUUACAGAGCAGCGUCGCGACCUAUCGCCGAUUCGAAGGGGCUCUCGCUAUAUCGCAAUCCCCUUCACAAGAGAUACUCGAUCACGUCCAGAAAACUCCUGUUAACGAGAUACCUCCCGAUGAGAAUACGCCGAAGGUCGUAAUGCGAUCGAAACAAAAAGCGAAAGGUUCUAGACCAUGGAGUGUUUCUUGUAUCUCUCAAAUCGCAGAUAAUCCUACUUUAGCUCAGAUAAACAAUCCGCUUUCCAUAUCCGAGACUGCGCUGCAUCAAUUGGUCCCGACUUUACCUAGCAAAUCCGUAUCCUUUGAUGCUGCAGGACCACGGAAAUCAUUUAAUAAUUCCGCAUCCACUUUAUUAGAAGAGACUCUUAUGUGUUCUGACGAUCGCAUAGCUAGGAAUAUGUCAUUCCGCAGAAAGAAAAAUAGACUGCGCAAGAAAACUCUGGGCCGUAAAAGCGAAUCUAGCUCAGAAAGUGCGCAUGCUAAUCAUCAUUCUGCCGGAAGCGAUGGCAGCUCAAAUCAGCAACGUUCCUCUCGCAAAAUGAAUCUGAAUCGCACAAUGCAUAUAGUUCCGAAAGAAAACUGCCAUAGUCAUUCCACAACUCUCGUCAAAUCCGGAUCUUUCUCAGGCUGUACCGUCCAUCAACAACUACACGUAGAAAGGACGCUUGCCAGUAAUCCUACACCGCUCAGACUAUUUUGUUGUAAGUCAGUUGCUUCCACAUUGGAGACGGAAGGCGAGGAUCGUGACUGUGCUCAAGGACACUUCGUUUACAAUAAUGAUAUGUUCAAUACCGUACUGAAUAGCAAAGAACUAAGCAAUCAGCAAUCAAAUAUAGAUAGUGACGUGGAAAUGAACAGUCUCGGUAACAAUUCGUUGUACGAACAGGCCUGGGAUAAUUAUCAGGAGAAAUACAUGAGCGAAACUUAUAGCGAGCCAUUAGAUGUAGAAACGGCUCGAGAAUUGUUGGAGUUUGGAGACGACUAUCGACUCUUUAUAGAUAGUCAGUCGGAAUGCGCAUCCAGUAUAAGCGCAAUUCCUGCUUCUUCGCCAUUGCCCAAGACUCGCACGUAUCAUGAAAUUGACGACAGUACGGAAGACAGUGAUAAUGACGAGGAAGAUUUACGAAAAAUUGCAGAAAAUUCACAAGCGCAGCUUAAACUUGCUGAAAAUACUUUUGUAAAAUCCAGUGGCGCGGUUCCUACAGAACUCGCUGACGUGGAGUCUGCAUGUAAAGAAAACUUAGGAUGUUUGCAGGCCGUGCUGAAAUCGCAAAACGGAUACUUGCGAAAUGAAAAAUAUUUGAAACAAAUUCGCGGUACAAUCGAGAGAUGGGAGAGCUUGGCAUCGCGAGUCGAACAGGCGCAAAUGGGGAGCGCUCUUCAUCGCGAGCUGGCUGCCAUGAGAACGGAGUUCAAAGCCAUGUACGAUCGACUUUCCGAUUAUGAAAUCGGUCUGGAGCUGCAGGACGUGCUCGACGAUCGCAUUAACGGGAUCACCACCGAGCUGGCUGUUCUGAAGGACCGCAAGGCGGCGAUGCUCGACCUGAACGUCUCCGCAAAUCGGUUGAUCACCAAUCUCGGUGCCUGCGCACCGUUAAUUUGCACAGCCCUCAAGGACGGCGUGGCGGAUCUCUAUAGGAUAUGGGACGAGACGUUCCAAAAAGGUACUCAGCAGCUGUGCGUUUUGCAAACUAUGCAGCAGUUCGGUAUACGCUUGGCCGAAUUUCAGUCCGCUUUGGGAAGGGAUAGGGAAACACUGACGGUUUUGAAUAUAGCUUUGCAGCAAGCGGGUGCCACUUCGGAGGUCGCCUCUUCUGUUCGUUAUGUCGCGCGACUCUUGUCGGAGACGGAAGACAUCACUUGUCAGAACGAUGCGGUGUUGAACGACACAACAACGGAAGAGGUGCACUGCGGGAAAUUCGCCAGCAGCCCCGCGAGCAAUCACAUGCAGGAGGGUGGUUCGCUCUCCGACAGUGGAAUCUCCGACAGCGGAAGCGAGCAGGAGCUGAGCGAGCGCGAGCGCAGAUUGGCCGCGCUGCGGCGACUCACGCGUAGCCUGGAGACCCAGCUGACGCCAGGUAGCGAGGCUCUGACCGAUCUCAAGAAGAGGCUCGAGCACGCCGCGACCGAGCUGCGCGAUUUGCAGAAGCAAUGCAGAGAACUCAUCACCCGUACUCUCCACGCGAGCGUGGAUGUGCGUGCCGCCAAACGAACGGCCAGCCAGGUUUAUUAUUCCGCAGACAAGCGCAAAAAAGCUAUUUGCGAUGAAGAAGAUACGUCGAAAAGCGACGCGGAAUUGGUGCCGACGACGUGGAGGAACGCUAAGGGCGACAACCCCGGCGGCAAGCCGAUUUCCCACAGCUGGGCGAGAAUGCGGCGAAUCGCCAAGGUGGCACUGCCCUUCUGUUUCGUAAUGCUCGUCGUUUACGUCACCGUUUAUUUCUCGAGGCCGUACUCUUGCGAGACUGCGAACACGCUAAGUCCGUUCACGCUGCAAAUACGCUACUUUAGGGGACCACCGCCGGUGUGAACGGGGUGAUUCGGCAAGUAUACGAAAAAUAUCGACGUCCAAGGAUCGACUGAUUUUUGGCGAAAAUGGAUUAGCUAUGCAUAUCCGUUCCGAUACACGUUGGGAAACGUGAUUUAACGAUCGGGCCCACGACGCGUAAGGCUGUCCGCGAAAUUUCUACAGCAAGUGUACGGCAUUAUUAGACUGUUAAUUUUAAAUUACACAUUGAAUUCGGCAAUGCGUUCGGGAAGAUGACUUGCCGACACUUGAGCGACUGAUUUCUUUCACUGCCUGCGUUUUUAUUCUUUUAUUACUGGAUUAUUGGAUGGUCCAUAACUUCAAACCAAGUUAUCAUGACGUAAACUCUGGAACAUCGGGCAUAAUUAACAUAGGGAAAAUGAAAAGUUUUAUAUACAUGGAAAUUGAAUGUUACAUGUUUUGAUUACGAAUCGAUGCGUGUUUACACGUGUACUUUUGCGAAUAGAAAGAAUGAUAGACAGUUGAGUAAUUGAUUAAAUUUGUACAGAGUCUGGCAACGAAUCUCGAAUGUCGCAAAAUAAAAAUAUCUUGCUCUUCUAUCUUAGCAUUGGUGCAAAAACGAGAUGCAACGAGAUAUAAGACGGUUGCAUUAUCGGUGUAGUUUUUUUCUCAUUGUUUUGAAUUGCGCGCGACAGCAGCCUAUGUUAUUGUUAAAGUGUAUAAAUAUUUAUUUAUAGAUAUAUAUAUAUAUAUAUAUAUACAGAGAUCAUAUAUUAUAUAUUUUACACAUUAUACAUACUAUUUUUCUUGGAGGAUAAUAUUUGGUUUUCUUCCCGAAGGAGGAUAUAAAACCGGAAACAUAAAAUAGAUAGUUUUUUGACGGACGGGAGUCCAUUUACAUCGAAUUUUACAAAGAAAUUGUACUUGGAUUCCAUAUUGCUAAGCUUCCUGUUUGUUCAACUCUCCCGCAGUACUGCUUCUAAUAUCGUCAUUUGUGUUUCCGUAACAACAAAUAUUUAUUACGAAUCUUUUUUUUACAUCUUCGUAAAUGAUGAAACACACACACACACACACACACACACAUAUACACACAAGCUACAUCAGAUAUUUACACUUUAAAGCUUUAAAUUAUUAUGAACUUUUGGAAAUCAGCUUGUGCAAUAAUCGGCUUAUGCGGAAUAUCACGCAGAAAUUUGGCUACAAACACGUGCAUGUUGAUUGAUACACUGGCCUCAUACAGAAAUUAUCGAAUCUAAUUGUAGCAACGGAAUUUAUCGGCUUUGUUCAUGCAUUAAGAAUAAUAAAUAAUAUGACUUUGCACAUUAAUAAUUUGGAUGCAUGUGCAUAUAUGUAUAUUUUAGCACCUAUUGGAUGCAAUAUUCUUGAAAUAUUCUUCACCUCUCGUUUUCUCAUUUUUUCAUAUAAAUAACGUUUGAUAAUAAUAUGCAUGCUAUUGACGAUAUUUAUAUAAUGUGUCAUAUGAUUGGAAGAUAUAUUGAUAUAUAUAUUUUCUUUUUAGUGCAAGUGAAAACUUUAGCUUGUGAUAUAUUUCAACAGUUCUUUAAUCUUUCUCGCACAUGAUCCUUUAACGAGAGAAAGAUGUGUCGUUUGAGUUUACUAACGACUAUUAACGUAAUUAGUCAGAAUUACUAAUUGUACAAAUGUAUUUAUCGAUUUUCUUUGAGAUGUGUCUUUGAUAUUUAAAGGCACUCGUAUUUAAAAGUGAAAUGGCGACUAAUAUAAAUAGACUUAAAGAGAAAUGGUAAGCAAAGUUUGUACUCUAAGAGGCGAAAAUUAUUUUUCCAAAAAGAGAAAUAAUUUUUAAGAAAUUUUUAAAUGAUAUCGAGCUUUUGAUAGAAUGAUAUGUGGAUGCUGUAAGUUGUCAAAAUCUAUUUUGUAAGUCUUUUUGAGAAAAUGUAUGAUACAAAGUGAAUGAUAGUUUAUGUAACGAAAGCAGCCAUUUUGGAUUCAUAUGUAUGCGACGCGAGGUAACGAAAAAUGCCUUAUGGUCAAUCAUUGAGAGCUUACAACUUGCAUGAUGCUUACUGUGUAAGCGUUCCACGAUUGCGAUCUAUGCUUAUGCAGAUCUUAAGCUUCUCAUAAGAGAGGCGAUAUCGUCGGUAAGUCCAUCUGGCAUUUUGCGGACUACAUAGAGAUAAUCUGUAUGUAGAUAGAAUAAUUAUAACUGUGUAAAAUAACGAUGAUUGAUAUCGUUUUGAUACAUUUUUUUGUAAAUAAUAUCAUAAUACAAUAAAUCCUGAUAAUAAUCACGGGGAAAUAAUAAGAUUAGCAAAACAUAUAUUUUCUUUCUUGGAAUGCAAAUACCAGCUGUAUCAAAUUAUCGUUAUUUUACACUAUUCGUUUUGUGAGUUUUUAUUUUAUAUUAUGGAACAUCUCUAGUGUCGUCGACCUGCAUGAAUGGUAGUAUGGUCGCCGACAGCUUUCUUUUUUUUUUUUUACGUAAGUACUAUGUGCUACAAGUAGCGAAUGUUUGUUAGGCAGAGUUUUAUUACGAUUGCCUGAAAAAAAUCAAAGUAUUUAUAGUGAUGCUUAGACUCAUAGAGAAAUGAGUCCGUACUGAAUAGAGAUAUAGUUCUUAUUCAGUAUCGAUAUCUCUUCGAUGAGAAAUUCGCGUAAGCGAGUAUAUUUCUCAAAUUCGAUGCAUUAGCCGCAUCAAUUAAAAUGAUGAUGAGAGAAAACUUUACAUAUACUUUAUUGUAAAGUAUAUAUACUUUUCUGAAGGUAUUAAAGAGAAAGAGAACGAAAGAAUUAACAAGAUAAAUAAAGACGAUAUUUUUAUAUACGUCUUAUAUCGCAUCAAUAAAUCAUAAACGGCGGCGACUAUCUCGAAUAACGAAUAUUAGAAAGAUCGCGAAUAUGAGAGAAGUUACAUACGACGAUGAAUAACGUCGACCUGAAUAUUCGUGAUUUUUUUUUAUGAUCGACGCGUGAAAAGUUGCAAGGAAAGAGAGUAUUUUUAAUUGAAAGUGAAGAUAUGAUUUCAGUCUUUCCACGAUCUUGACUAUCGUCUUCGCUAUAACGGACGUUGAUGUUAUCAGGAAUUUAAUACAGUUUUUCAUUAUGUGUUAAUGAAGCUGUAUUAAAGUUUUUAUUUUGUUAUCAAUCACGAAAGUGUAAUUACCAGCAAUCGUAGAAAUGGUUCCUACUGUUUAACAUGGACAGGAACACAUCCUUUGCUAUUGUUCCUCUACGAAUUUUGAUUGAUUUAAUUUAAAUUUGGAUUGAAAUUAACGAUGAAAAAGUGACUGAUUUUUUUUUGAAUUGAUCUGAGAUUAUCAUUUGAUUGUCUUUUAUUUAGGUGUAAUUUACAUAGCAAAUUUUUGCUCGUUACUAUUUUACCAACUAGAGAGAUAUACAAAGAACGAGUAUUGAGUGAGAAUUUAUUGGAUAAUUACAUAUAGUUAUCCAAUAAUGAAGUACAUACGUACUUACGAUUCAUCAUAUAAGAGAAUGGCAAUUAUUUAAUUGCCUAUUAUUAGACGGACGAACGUCAUUGAAUACUUUUCAAUAAUAAAAUAUAAUAUAACACAAUUGUUAUAUUACACAAUGGAAUUAUUUCAUGAAAUAAAGAUCUCUGACUUAACGAGAACGAUAAUGAAACUCAAUAAUCAAGCGUGACUUUGCGCUUACUUUAGAAUCAUGGUAUCUGAUAUGAAGACUUACUUAUAUUACAUUCAUGCAACUAUAGUAUUAUAAAAUAAUGGAAUACUGCAGAACUUUUUACGUAACGUGUUACUUAAAAUCCUAUUGAAACCUUUCGUCUCAUAUUUUUGAAACUUGAAGGAAUUAGAUAAUGUUGUUAAAAAAUAUUCCUCGAGAUAAGAAAAUUUCGGGAAUUGAAGAGCAACGCCUUUCAUUGCAAAACAAUAACUAUUUUAAGUAGCACACUUCAUGUAUACUUCACUUUCGUAUCGCGAAAGCGCGACACGAUUUUUAAUCUGCCUUAUAUGAAAUACGAUAACGUGUAUAAAGUACCUGAAAAAUCAAAACGCUACUUAUAAUAUUCUGUGUUAUCUUAUGCACGCGGUUGAAGGAAUACUUGGUAAUAUUGUAACGAUCGUGUCACGCUUAUCAUUUUACUGAAUAUGUUAUAUAUUCAUCUAUAUCAUAUAUAAUAUUAUUAGAUAUGCAUGUAUUUUUUUAUAUUAUUAUCAAAAGAAAUCAUGUGGUUGUCAUAUGAUAUUCUGCAAAAAAAGAAUUAAAAAAAAAUAUUCAGUUCGAUAAGUGCGGACAAAGUAUUACGAUAUUCAGUAUCUUUGAAGACCAUCGUUUAGCUUGCAGAAUCACUGCAUUUUUAAGAGGUUAUUUCAAUCGAAACAAAUUUUUUCUUUAACGAUUAAACUGAUUUAAAAAAUGGUAAAGUUGAUCGUUACAUAUUAAGAAUUACAUCUGUAAGAAAUGAUGGUUUUAAAAGCCGCUAAAGUAUGUUAGCGAUAAUAUUCUUAGUGUAGAGAGACGGAUAGCAACGCUUCUACUUGAGACACGAGCGAGACAUUUCAGUAAAAAAUAUCUGAAAUAGCUACUGAGAGAACAGGGUAUGCGUAAAGAUUAAAAGAGAUUUGAUAUUCAUUUACAUUACUCGUCUGUAUCGUGUUUAAUGCUCAAAUGGAAGCGGUGGACGCAAAUUAUUAUUAGUUAAUAUAUGCUAAUAAUUACGUUUUAUUCACAUUUUGUGAGCUAUCUCGUAACGUUUAUUAAUUCUUUUCCUUUAAAGAUCGAUAUCUCUGCAAUUUUAACUGAAAUUUUAUUGCCAGUUAUUACAACAAGAUUAUUGCAAUUCUCAGCAAAUUGCAAUAUUUUUUUCCUUAACUUUCCAAGCGGAAGUUUUUUCAUUUUUAGCAUUCUCUCGAAUAUAGCUCACGCUAAAGUGAAGCGCGUAAAUAACGUUACUUUAUAAUUACUCAAGAGAUUUAAAUCGUUUUUCCUUCAGUUAUAGACCUUACUACGUCUAUAUAUCUCGAUACAAUCGCCAAAUUGGUUUGCUCAACUCACCGUGCGAUUACCUUGCGGUGCACUGACUUUCAGAUUUUCAUUACACUUUACUAUAUCAAAACGAGUCACAGUACAGUUGUAAGGUAACGUCCGAACAUUGUUCACGAUGCUUUUUUCACGAUUUAAAGUAUUAUACUGUACUAAAGUAUUAUACUACAUUUUAGAUAUUUCAAAUAAAAUUUGAAUUCUUGUUCACAGA